AUGCAGUGUUGUUGUGCCCCACGCUGCUGCCAGCCAUGCUGCUGCCAGCCCUGCUGCUGCCAGACCACCUGCUGCAGGACCACCUGCUGCCGUCCCUGCUGCUGCCAGCCCUGCUGCUGUGGGUCCAACUGCUGCCAGUCUGACCAGACCCACCCUCCAGCCUCUGACACCAUGCAGUGCUGUUGUGGCCCACGCUGCUGCCAGACCACCUGCUGCAGGACCACCUGCUGCUGCCCCUGCUGCUGCCAGCCCUGCUGCUGUGGGUCCAACUGCUGCCAGUCUGGCUGCUGCUAG